AUGAGAAAAGGAAUUACUAGUUGGGAUCCAUUUUGUGGUACAGGUACAAUUAUCUUAACUAUGCUCAUUCGAAAAUUUAAUAAAAGUAUUAGAAGAAGCAUGUUUUUACCUCUAUAUCAGAUACCUAUAUUUAAGCAUACAUAUAUAGAAAAUGAAUAGAAUGAAUUAGACAUAAAUAUUUUGGCUAAUGAUAUCAAUGAAUAAUAAUUGAGAAUUUUUUAUAAAAUUUUGGAUUGUUUUAACAAUUUAAAAAGAAUCAUACGUCAAUAAUCACCAAAAUUAAGAAGUAAAUCUUUUUAAAAUUUAAGUAUUGCUUAAUUGGAUUUCAUAAGCAUGCAUAAAGAAUUCAUUAAAGGUAAAUUAUAAAAAGAUGAUUUGAUUGUAAUUACUAAUCCUCCUUGGGGUAGAACAGUAAAUUUGGAUAAAUUUAAUAAAAUGACAUAAUUCUUAGAAACAAAUAUGCAACUAAUGUUAUUUAUUGAUUGUAAGUGAUUAAUUUUAGUUUUUUUAUAAAAGAAAAUGGUAAUUAUUGGCAGAACCAUUAGUUGGAGGACAAUGGACUAAAAUUAUUAAAUAUGAUAGAAAUAGAGAGACUUAACUUAACUCAUCAGAGAUAGUAACUUAAUAGAGUAAUUAAAUAAUCACAUAAUCUACAACUACAGAAGUAAUAACAAAAGAUCUCUCAUAUUAGAGAGAUACUAAUUAAUAUAAGAAGAUUUAGAGAAAAUAUAAUAAGUAUAGGAUGA